AUGGAGGAAUGUGUAGUUCACGGCGCAUUGGCAGCACUGUUGCGUAUAAUGCGCGUGGUGGGGAUGAUACCGGUGCGACUCGUUUCAGUCUCAGGCGCAUUCGUUGUUCGCUACUCGUUCGCACAAGACGUCAUUGCUCGUUUGUUUUAUGCCUGUUUCUGUCUUCUUCUAUUGACAUGGGAAUCGGUACAUCUUAUUACACCAAUUUUCUUAAUCAAUAAUACAAAAAAACGGUCAUUACUAUGUUUAUCAGUCGUCGCUGUAAUUAUACGUAUGACAAUCAUAUUUUAUUCUGUUUUGAAAGGAUUCCGACGAACAAAACAACUAUGUAGAAAUAUCAAUGAAAUUCAAAAGCUAAACAUAGAAGGCAUUCACGAUGUCGCAGUUGUUAAUGUUGAAAAAAGAAGAUUUAAACUGUUUAUUCUUUUUGUUGCAAUGUCACCAAUUAUACAUUUUGUCGAAUUAUUUGCAGCUGGAGAUUACGCAAAAAAUAUAAAAAAUGACUACUUAACUCUCAUCCGGACAUACUUGUAUGAAUUUGGAUUUUUUGUGAUAGUAACGUUGGAGGGGCAGUUCGUGUUCACAAUACUUACCGUGCACACCGCGCUCCAGGCCGUCAAUCGCCGUCUGGGGAAGUUGUUAACAGAUUUCAAAAAAAAUCAGGAAAGAAGCAAUGAAAUAUCAUCAGCGCAUAGGACCCUUAGACAAUUGGCUACAUCAUACAGCACUUUGUGUGAUGUUAUGAGGACACUGGAUGAGGAGAAUGGACUAAUAAUUUUCAUGUCAUUUAUCUCAAUGCUGAUAGCCGCUACACUAUCUAUUUUUUUCCUAGUCUUCUAUUGGAGCAUAAAUCCUUUUACGAAUAUGCCUUAUACAGGAAUCGAAUUGGAAAAAUUGACCUUUAUUAGGAUGAUGCAAUUUUGUCGAUGUCUAUAUGUUUUCAUAAAUAUCAUGUUUUUACUGGAACCCUGCCAAUGGACAUAUAAUGAGAUGGAGGUGACAAGGCUGUUUGUGACUAGACUGACGCACUACGCGCCGACUACUAGCGGGCCACUCAUCAAUGAGCUGGAGAUGUUUAACCGUCUUGUUUACACAAACAUUCCCUCGUACUCGCCACUUCAAUUGUUUACUUUAAAACGAUCACUUAUACUGGAGUUAUGGGGUACAUUCACCGCUUGGUUGAUUAUCGUUUUACACGAUAAAAACACAGAUAAGAAGGAGUAAUAAAUAUAA